AUGACCCGUGGAAAUCAGCGUGAACUUGCUCGUGCCAAGAACUUGAAGAAGCAACAAAAGCAAGGCAAGGGUAAACAAGAUCUCAAAGGCAUGUCCAUUACCCAAAAGAAAGAAAGUGAUGCUGCCAUUAUGCGUGCCAAACAAGAAGCUGCGGCAGCCAAAAAGGAAGAAACAGCAGCAGCAGGGAAGAAAUAG